UUUUUUCUUUUUCUUUUUAAUUCUUUUAAACUAAUUAAAAGGACAUAAUAAUAUUUUAUAAUAUGAAAAAUUAUAUGUAUAUAAUGACUAAAUCAUCUCAAUUACGGUUUUUCUUCAUUAAUCUUAUAAUUUUAUCCCUAUCUCAAAUUACAUACUCAGUACCUAUAAAUCGAAAUCGAGGAUGGGUAUUUUGGUAUUAUUCAAAUAAUGGACAAACUAGAGAUUGUGCAAAUUAUUGUAUUCUCACUUUCUCCAUUGUAGGAGUUAUAAUUUUAUUAUUAAUUUUAUGUGGACUUUUAAGCUGUUAUCGUAUAAAGAGACAAGCUUUAAAAGAUGGAUAUCCUUCAUUUAAAAGCUAUUCUUUUUUCAGUAAGGAAAUGGAUAAUAAUGAGACAAAUGGAAAUGAGAAAAACGAUAAAAGUAAUAAUAGUAAAAAAGGCAAAAAAAGUGGUAAAGGGGGAAGAAGGAGUGAUAGUAUGUCAGAAGUUCUCACUUCAAGUUAGAAGUAAAUAUUUCUUUCUUUUUUCUAUAUUUCCCUUUUCAUUUUAAUCUUAAUAUCAUGUAUAUAUUUUUUUACCUAUAAAUAAAAUAUGUUAUAUGUUAUAAUGUUAUUGAAAAUGAUUAAAGUUAUUAUACGAUUUGGACGGUCCCGGAUAAUGACAUUAUGCGAGUGAGAUUGAUUGGCAAUGCCGUUAAUAAUUUAGGAAUUUAUCGUCAUGAACUAACCACACAAAUGUUUGAAUGUUUCCGUUGCCCCUAAUAUGGUUAGUGCAGUUAGUGCAGUCAGUACAGACUUACA